AUGUCCCAGGACGAAGAACGCCCCCGAGUAAUCCACGCCUCGAAGAGCUUCAGUCGCUUCGACUCCGCCCCGCAGGGCCCCCGCCAUCGGAGCCGCGCAAGCACUGUGGGAGCUUCCAUUCCCGAGAUUCUGCAUCCCACUGCUUUCGCCCACCAGGACAGCGACCAGAGCGAGACGGGAGAUGUCUUUGCCACGCGCUCCGAAGACGGCGAUGCUCGCGACGACGACGCUGAUGGCGACAUCGCCCUCCCCGAGUCGUUCGAGGACUUGCCCAUCGAGAUCAGGAGCCUGGCUGAAAGAUUCAUAGAGUCGCUCUCCGCUCGCGUGCAUCCCAGUCCCAUUGGCAUCGACUCGCUGUCCGACCUGUUUCAAGAGUUCUACGUCCGCGCUGCCUCCCAAAUAGACACACACAUCGCUGCUCUCUCUACAAGACUGUCCCGCCAAGGCUCUACCACGUCACUGGCUUCUCGUACAUCUACAGGCUCGCGCAAUGCUCGAAAAACGUCCGAAUCGGGGCAAGAGCAACAGAUGCUCACCGUCUCGGAAAUUUCGGAUCGCAAGAAGGCACGAAGACUGCUAGAGCUCAAAAGAACCGCUCUCGAGGAGGCAGUGGAGAGGGCUGUAUGCGAGAAGUUAAGCAAGGACCAGAUCUACUCCCGGAUAUGGCGCCACCGUAGUACGGAUGACGGUGAACGAGACGAGAAGCUCCGCUCGCGCACAGCUGCCCUCUCGCUCGUUGGCAUCGGCCUGAAAGAACUCCUUGGGCACGGCGAAGAAAUCACGCCUGAUAUGCGGAAAUCCAUGGAGGAAAAGAAGGAAGAAAUACCCGAGAUGCUCGCCGAAGCGCGUGAGAGCAUCCAAAGAAUGAAUGACGAGAAAUACCCGCUUGGAAAGCUGCAGCACCUGACUGCCGCUCACAAGCACAUCGUCGAGGCCUUGUCGCACAUCUUCCCAAGCUCCUCCUCAGCCGACGAGAUCCUGCCGACCCUCAUUUACGCCCUCAUCACCAGUCCUCCAGACAGCAUUUGUGUCAUCAGCAACUUGCACUUCAUUCAGAGAUUUAGGACUGCAAGCAAGCUUGAUGGAGAAUCUGCGUACUGCCUGGUGAAUUUGGAGGCUUCUAUUUCCUUCCUUGAAAACGUGGACCUUUCAACUCUUCGCGCGGAUGAGCUGCCAGGAGGUCCCGAUAAGUCUUCCAGACCGAUUACACCUAGCGGUGCUGCACCUAUGGAUCUUGGUAUUACCCCUGCCAAGUCAAGUCUUGCCCCAGAUGGUGAAGAUGGCAAGAACGAUCUUCCGUCACCACUGGACAAGUCUCAGCGGCGUUUGAGCAAUUUGAUCCAGCAACAAACGAACAGAAUCGAAGCAGCCAGCGACGCAGCACGGCAGGCCGUAUUAGACAGCGCAGAUCAGGCGUUUGAGUCGAUCAAUCAGACUCUUGACAACAGCCUCAAGUUCUUGUUCGGCCGCUUGAAAGAGCAGCAAGCCGGAGGCAAGAGCGAGGUCGUCCAGCCAAAGACCCUUGAAGACGUCCGCAAGCUCGUUAGCACUCCGCCACCAAUAGACGACAACGCCAGCGGGAGCAGCUCUAUCAACGAAGAGGCAACAGAGUCAACCCGUGACAGCAAAGUCACUGACCUAUUCGGUGGUCGUCGCCCUCUCCGAGAGCGUAGCGUUGACAGCGCCAAGAGUGGCGCAAGCAGCAGACGCGUGGCGUUUACCCCUGCAGACAAGGGUACUGACCCUCUGACGAGCCCUCCGCCACAAGCUUCAACGCCAACCAGUGCUGGUGUUUCCGCCGUAGAGUCGAUGCGGAAUCUAGGGAGCUCCCUCAACCCGCUACGUGGGUUUGGCGGCAUGAAUAUGCUCCCGAAAUUCGGCAGGGCGAAUACCUCGCCCUCUGCUCCUACUACGCCGACGCUUCCAGCAGAGAAGGCCAAACCGGAGCCAAGCAAGCCGGCGCCAACAUCGUCGCCUUCUCCCGGGCCUGAAGCGAAUCCGAAGGCUGCCGCUGCCCUAAACAGACUUGACGAGCUUAGCAAGACUGCGCCUCCAGUUAAGCGAUUCAUCGACGCCAAAGAGGCUAAAGAUUUGAAGAUUGGAGACAUAGAAGAGCUAUUGAAAGACUAUCAGAGGCUGGCAAGUGCCAUCAGAACCGCCCUGAAACCUCAAUAA